AUGGAGAGUAUAGAAAGUGAAGAGUCAAAAUUAAUUGGAGGAGAGCAGGAAAGACCACGUCUAAUUAUCCACAAAAUAGUUUUGGAAAACUUUAAAUCUUAUGGAGGCAACAAAGUUAUCGGGCCGUUUCACAAAUCUUUUACUGCAAUUGUAGGCCCAAAUGGAAGUGGUAAAAGUAAUGUAAUAGACGCUAUGCUGUUUGUGUUUGGGAAAAGAGCAAAGCACAUGCGCUUGAAUAAAGUUUCUGAGCUGAUUCAUAACUCCAAGCAUUAUCCAAACAACGAUAAAGCAAGUGUCGCUGUACAUUUUAAGGAAAUUAUAGAUAUACCUGGCGAUGAGCAUGCCUACAAAGUUGUCCCAAACUCUGAGAUUGUCAUUAAGAGAGAGGUACAGAAGAAUAGUGAACAAACAAAAUAUUAUAUAAAUGAAAAAUUAUCAAGCUAUCAAGAGGUCACAAAGUUAUUGAGUAGAAAAGGGACCGAUUUGGAGCAUAAUAGGUUUCUCAUCCUUCAAGGGGAAGUUGAGCUAAUUGCUCAGAUGAAACCAAAAUCUACAAACGGGAACGAGGAUGGUCUACUAGAGUAUAUCGAAGAUAUUAUAGGAAGUAGCAAAUUUAUUCCGGAUAUAGAAAAGCAUUCAAUUGAGCUGGAACAGUUUAAUGAGCUCCGUCAAGAAAAGUUGAACAGACUUAAGAUUGCUGAGAAGGAGCUUAAUGCUCUGAAAGCUCCAUAUAAUAUGGCCAUUGAAUUCUUUACUCUUGAAAGAGAAAUUUACAUUGCCAAACUAUUGCUUCAUAUGGAGGAACAAAGAGAUGCGAUAAAACAGAUUAAUGCCUUGAAAGACGAACAAAACAAACAAUUGGACUUGAAGCGAGAACUAGCUCAUCAAAAGAAGGCUUUGGAAGAUAAGCGAGUUGAGCUUGAAAUAGAGAGUAAGGAGACUAAUUCUAGGAUUAAUGAAUUGAAAGUUAAGUUUGAAAAGGAGGAGAGUGAGUUAAAGAAUGUAAUUCUCAAAGACGAGGAACUGAGAGCUACUUUGAAAAAUUCAAAGAAGAGACUUACGAAGCUUGAAGAGUCAACGGAAGUUGAAAGAAAAUUAAUUCCAGAACUGGAGCAAAGAAUUGUCGACUUGGAGGAUGAGGUUCGAAAAAAACAAAAGCAAGUCCCAAAGAUUGCAAAAGACCUUGAUUCUGCUCAAGAGAAGUUGGAAUUAUUGCAGAAAAACGUUAAGGAUGGGAUUGAGGAGGCUAGAAAGAAAAAGGAUAAGGCGGAACAAGAACUAUCGCCUUUACAAAAACAACUUCUGGGUCUCCAGAAGUCCCAUGAUAUGUUAAACGUUGAAUUGGAUAUUUUGAAACAAAGACUAAUUCAGAGACAAGAAAGUGAGGAAAAUAAUAGGAAGGAAAAGGAAAAUGCUGUUAAAAAGAUUCAAACCUUGAAUAAGCAGAAAAAUGAUGUCUCUAAGAGCCUGAAAAACAGUGAGACGCUUCUUAAUGAAAAAUCAAAGAAGCUUGGGAGGCUUCAAAAGGAGCUAAGUGAGAGUAGUAGUCUUCUGUCUGUUAAAAAAAUUCAAUUAGAUGAGGCAAGGAGCUUUUUAGCUUCGAAUAAUCAUUUGGAAACCAGGGUUGUCUCGGAAUCAAAACAAAAAAGUUCCAAGUUGUCAUUAUCAGAAACUGUGAUGAAGUACUUUUCCGAAUCCAAAAAAAGUGGAAUAUACGGUAGGCUUGGUGAUUUAGGGAAGGUUGAUGAAGAGUUUCAGCUUGCACUAACCUCCUCAGUCUCACACAUUGAAAACAUUGUUGUACAGACUACCGAAGAUGCACAAGAGGUGGUUAAUUAUGUGAGAAAGUACAAUCUAGGGAGAAUCUCCUGUAUUAUCUUGGAGAAAAUUUCUGCUAGUAUUAGACAAAGUAUGGAGAGUUCAUUUAAAGCCCCAGAAGGGUCCAAAAGGUUUUUUGAUCUAGUUAAAUUCAAAGACCCCAAAUUCAGGAUUGCUUGGUAUUUUGCGAUGAGGGACACUUUAAUUGUCGAUAGCCUUGACAUUGCAACCAAAAUUUCCUACAGUGGAAAGCAGAGAUGGAGGGUGGUAACUAUUAAUGGGGAACUUAUUGAUUCCAGCGGAACAAUGACGGGAGGUGGUCCCAAUGUUACGGCAGUGAAACAAACUGGUAAAAAGGAAGGAAAGGUUCCAGAAGGUUUCACAGCUGAACAAGUCAAAAAGCUAGAGAGUGAUUUUGAAGCGUAUCAGAACAGAUGUAACCAAAUGAAAUCUGAAUGCAAAGACUUAGAAGACCAGAUACAAAGUCUUAAAGAUGAAAUUAAUGAGUAUUCAAUUGCUCUUGAGAAAGUAAAAAUAGAGCUUGUAUUAAUAGAAGAGACUGAAAAAUCCCGAUCAGAGGAUCAUACCGAUACUGAACAGGAAUCUCCCACGAAUAACCAGGCUGAGACUAGUGCAGAGAUCUCAAGAUUAGAGACAGAGAUUGGGGAAUUAAAGAAACAAAUAUCUACUUUAGAAGCAUCAUUGAAGCAAAAGCAAAUUGUUGUUGAUCGCUAUACAAAGGAGAUGAAUGAAGUUGGAGGUCCUGAAAUGAAGAAACAAUCUGAGUUUGUGCAGGAGCUUACAAAGAGCGUUGAAGCUAUGGAGAAAGAAAUCAGCAAGAGCCAGGUAGAAAUUAGUUUAUCGGAAAAAAAGAAGCUCAAAGCUAUCGAGUCUAUAGAACAGUUUGAAAGCAAAGCUAAGGCUCUUAGAGAAACUAUAGGAAAGACAGAGUCUGAACUUUUGUCCCUUGAGGAAGUUGCUCUGAAGAUUAUGGAGAGUAAAAAACUCGCUGAAGAGGAACUGAAGUCAUUUUUAAGUGAGCAUAACUCAUUCCAGACCAGAUUUGAGGAGCUUGAAAAAGAAAUUGAAAAGCUCGAGCUUCAUGAUGUAGAGCUCUCCAACAAGCUAAAUGUGAUUUCCAGUAAGAUUUCAGAACUUGAAAAUCAAGGCAUCAAGCAACUACAAAAAAAGCUUCAAAAAAUAAGGUCGGAUGCAUCUUUUAUUCCCUCUAUUCCAGAAUUAGAAACUGAAAAAGAUGAACAAGGCCCAGUGGGUCAGGAUCCUGAAUUAGAGUCCCUUAAGAGCAAGUUCCUUGCUCAGGACGUUCAAGAUACUGAGUAUGAGAAAAUACUAGGGGAUAUGACGUCUACAAAGUUGAAACCACGUAUUGAAUCUUUGCGGGCACAAAUUCAAACAAUAUGCGAGCAAUAUUCUAAUGGAGGUCCAGCAAAGAAUUUCAGACCUUCUUCGGAUAUAUUUUCCCAGUAUUCUACUCAGCUACAGCAGUUCAAUAGAAGGAGCCAAGAGGUUGAAGAGGCAACCAAUGCCAGAGAUGAGAGUAGGAGACACCUUGAUACUGUUCGGCAGGCCAGACACUCCGAGUUUAUUUUGGGCUUCAAAAUAAUUGCUUCCCAACUCAAGGAAAUCUACCAAAUGAUCACUCUCGGUGGAGAUGCAGAGUUGGAACUGAUUGAUAGUGUGGACCCAUUUUCAGACGGUAUUAUCUUCUCAGUAAGACCUCCGAAGAAAAGCUGGAGGCCAAUCCAUAACCUUUCAGGAGGCGAAAAGACUCUGAGUUCCCUGGCUCUGGUCUUUGCUUUACACCAAUUUAGACCCUCACCAUUGUACUUUAUGGAUGAAGUAGAUGCAGCUCUGGACUUUAGAAAUGUCAGUAUUAUUGCAACUUUCAUUAAAGAAAAGACCAAGAAUGCUCAGUUCAUCGUGGUUUCUCUCAGAAACCACAUGUUUGAGACAGCUGACAGACUUGUCGGGAUUUAUAAAACAUUUGACAUAACUAAAUCCGUCUCAAUUCUACCGGGUAACUAUUCUUUUGAUGUUAAACAAAGAAAUACUGUUUACAAAGAGAAGGGAGAAGGGGCAGGGGACGAAAAUGUACUAGAAAAUGCCUAA